GCGCGCAGCCUGACGUCACGGGGUUUGAAUGGGGAGAGAGGCCAAGAUGGCGGCAAAGCCCGGCGCUUGGUGUGUGCCGUGCUUGGCGUCGAUCGAAAUUCUACAGGAGCUUUGCCGGGAAGAGGAGCUGACCUGCCGGGCUCUGGGCAUCAGCCGCAACAUCCUAAACGAGUACGAAGUGGAGUAUCUAUGCGGCUACAGGAAAACCAAGGGGACAGAUUUCUACCUGGUGAAGUGGAAAGGCUGGCCGGCAUCCACCAACACCUGGGAGCCCAGGAAGCACCUGCGGAGUGUGCAGCUGGUCAGGCAGUUCCAGGAGGACAAGACCCGGUUCCUGGAGAGCCUGAAGGGGAGGCGGUGGGCGAGUGAGAGGCCGGGCAAGGAGGCGGAGGCCAUGACCUACGUGAUCCAGAAGGGGAAGCAGAGGAUAGCGCUCAGGAGAUGGGAGGAGGAGCUGAAUCGCAAGAAGACCCACCAGGGGAGGGUGCUGGUGGAGAACGAGGUGGACUUUGAGCUGCCCCCCACGGACUUCCAUUACAUCAACCAGUACCGGCCCACGCCGGGCAUUGAGCUGGACCAAGAGCCUCUGAUAGGGUGCGACUGCCUGGACUGUAUGCAGGGCAAGUGCUGCCCUGAGGAGGCGGGCGCCAAGUUUGCCUUCAGUGAGCGAGGGCAGCUGUGCAUCGAGCCAGGCAAGCCUAUCUUCGAGUGUAACUCCAGCUGCCACUGCGGCCCCCAGUGCCCCAACCGGGUGGUGCAGAAGGGCACCCGCUACGACCUGUGUAUCUUCAGGACUCGCGACGGGAGAGGCUGGGGGGUCAAGACGCUGCAGAGCAUCAGGAAGAAGAGCUUCGUCAUGGAGUAUGUGGGCGAGGUGAUCACGAGCGAGGAGGCGGACAGGAGAGGGCAGCUCUACGACAGUAAGGGCGUCACGUAUCUCUUCGACCUCGAUUACGUGGAGGACGAGUACACUGUGGACGCGGGCAGAUUUGGAAACAUUUCUCACUUUGUGAAUCACAGCUGUGACCCAAAUCUUCAGGUUUACAAUGUUUUUAUCGACAGUUUGGACACCCGGCUUCCCCGGAUAGCGCUGUUCUCCACCAGGGCCAUAAAGGCAGGGGAGGAGCUCACCUUUGACUAUCAGAUGAAAGGUUCCGGCGAUACCUCAAUCAACGAGAGCUCGGAGGUGAAUGGCCCAGCCCGAAAGCUGUACAGGAUGGUGUGCAAGUGUGGCUCUGCUUCCUGUCGCGGCUACAUGAACUGAGGCAGAGGCACCAACCACAGUAUUUUUUUAACGAAGCAAAAAGAAAAACUACAAUUAGGAAAAGCGGGAGGGGAGGUGAGGAAUCGCGCCUCCCCCUCUUAAUUUUUCUGUGCCAUCAAAUUUCCACUAGGAAAAUCAAACUUAGUGUUGUUGACGAUUCAAGAGGUUGGAGGGAAUAAUGGACGAGGAGGAGAUGGGGGGAGGGGAGGCGGGGACUUAACUCUCUUUGAGAGUCUAGGAAUGUACAAAUGUUUUGCAAAAGAAUAAACCUCCUCGCUUGCUCAA